CAGGAAGCCCCGUCGUCAGGACAGCGAGCACCAUGACGGAGGUCGGUUGGUGGAAGCUGACCUUCCUGCGGAAGAAGAAAUCCACGCCCAAGGUGCUGUACGAGAUGCCCGAGACCUACGCGCAGCCCGAGGGGGGCGCGGAGCCGCCGCGGCCUGAGGCCGGAGGCCCCAGCAGCGACUUCAGCGCGCGGCUGGAGAAGAUCGUGGACAAGAACACGAAGGGCAAGCACGUGAAGGUGUCCAACUCGGGCCGCUUCAAGGAGAAGAAGAAAGUGCGCGCCAUGCUGGCCGAGAACCCCGGCCUCUUUGACGACCCGGAGGACAAGGGACAGUGAGGGGGGCCCUGGGGGACGCUAGCGCCUCCCUGGCCCUGCCCUCAGCGGGGUGGACAGGGGCUCGCCACGCUGGCCUCUUUGGUCACAGCGGAAGCCGUGGGACAUUAUGCCUGCUGGCAGGAAGUGUGGGUUUUCAGGGUUGUAUUUAUGGCCCCAGCCCUGUGUCCGCGGGGGCGCGCGGGCCCCUCCCAUCGACCCCUGACCACACGCGAAGGCCCCCCAGGCCCAGGAUGGUGCCCGCCGUCCCCAGGGUGGCGGCAGGGCCACAGGAAGGAGGGCACGGCGGGCGGCGGAGACAGGCGCCCGCCCGGACUCCGCCUUGUCCUGGGCUCGGGUCGCGCUGAGCCUGAAGGCUGCGGCUCUGCCGUCUCCACCGCGCGUCCCCGACAAUCCCCGGCCAAUCCCCGGCGCGCACGUCCUCCAGAAGCCGCGUGACCCGCGGGGCCGUUUCCUUGGUGCCGGGCAGGUGCUGAACUUGAGCUCACAUCUUAACGGCGGUGGUGAACUUCCUGGAACUCUGUACCCAAGCGCAGGGGGCGGGGGCCGGGCACCUCCUGCGCGGCCGCACGAGGCCUUCGGCGCUGGGUUCCCGCGGGGCCACCCCUCCUGCGGGCUGAGUCACACAGCUCGGCGGUGGCGCCGGGAGGAGCUAAAAGCAGCGAGGUUUCUCCUCUCCUUCCCCGUGUAUUUAAGAUGGAUCAGCCCCAGACAUGGAUUCUGGAGCUUCGAAUUUUCUUUAAAAGGUAAUUGUGGGUUUCUUUGUAAUAAACAAAGAUGCAAGGGCAGAGGACACAUGUAUGUUCCUACCUUGCGUUCAUGGA